AUGCUCGCAAAGGAAUUCUACAAUGAAAUCAGUGACGAAUCCAAGACUCUGGCAUUGUUAAGAAGAUAUGGUCUUUUAGAUGAAGAACAAAGUGUUUCACCAUGUCAUCGAUGUAGUGGAGAGAUGAAGGACACUCGGAAAAGACUGCGAAAUGGCGAAUUUAUGCCCGUUCUUCGUUGCAGAAACCGUGGAUGUCCAACUUUUCGUUCCGUUCGCAAAGGCAAUGCAUUUUUCCACUUCACAGAUUUGAUUAACAAAGUAAAUUGCAAGCUUUCUCUUUGCCAAAUUUUAGAACUUAUGUUUUAUUUUAUAGAAGACCUCUCCUACCAUCAGGUUCAAGGUUUAACUGGUAGAGGUACUGAAGCAAUAUGUGAUUGGUUUAACAUGUGCCGCGAAGUGUGUACAGUGAUUGUUUCAGUCCAGAAUCGCGGUCAAAUGAUGGGUACUGAAGAAGAACCCGUACAAAUCGAUGAGGCACGCUUUGCAGGAAGGCGAAAAUACAAUAGAGGUCGAAUGCUGCAAGGUGACCAAGCUCCCAAUUCAACUGACAGUGACGCUGAAAUGAACAAUAACCGCAACCAUGGAAGACGUAUAGACGGUCGGCGGGUGUUUGUUUUGAAGAAAGGUUCGGACUGCCGAUAUUUUUACGUUCAAAGAAGGGACCGUGAGACACUUCAACAAAUCAUUCAGAGAGAAGUCGCUGAAGAUUCAAUAAUUCAUUCUGACGAAUGGCCGGCGUACUCUAAUUUAAACCAUCUCAAUUUCCGUCAUUUUACCGGAAACCAUCAGCAGAAUUACGUCGAUCCUAACACUGGAGCACAUACACAAGCCACUGAAAGAUCUUGGCUUGAUGCAAAGGUUCGUAUACUGAAAAAAAAUGAGAGGCUGGAAUCAAAGAACUUGUCAAUCUCACCUUGA